CGGUGCGGAGGAGCAAACGCGGUCGCCGUCAGCCCAGCCCUCCGCUGCCGCGCGAUCUGGGCCGGUUCGGCCAGCCUGGUCCGCUCCGAGACCCGGCUGCCGCUUCAUCCCGGCCUUUCCGCGCCUCGCGGGGCCCACGCUCCUCCUCGUGGUCUCCGAAGCCCGGUGCCUGGCCUGGCCGCCUUGCAGGGGCCGGAGCGCGGGCCGAGAAAUCCCUCAGCUGGACACUGAGAACAUCAGUCCUACCCUUUCUGAGUCUUGAAUUGAAAGCUUCCAGCACGGUACGACCUAGAAGUGAAAUAAAAGAUUUUUCCUGUUGCAGGCAGCACUUUAAGCAAGAAAGGCUUUCCGUGGCUUCUGUCUGCAUUCCAUAAAAUACUCAUUGCCUUUUAGCUUACAAGAAAACCUUAAGCUUACAUGGUUUUUGCAGCUGAUGGGUUUGACCAGCUCUGCCUGCAGUUGAGCACAAAGACCUGAAGGAGACUCCCACAGCCUUCAGGGAGAAGAAAGGAGGCAGCCAAGCCUAUUAAAGAGAACUUGUGGCUUGUGGCCUUUUUGUGAAGGGGCCGCCUGGAAGGGGAGAAAAGUGCACCCGAAGCCACAGCAGCAGUUAAUGAGCUGUGAGAUGAGGCGCAGCCGCGGCUGACACUGCUCCCAGGAUCCUUCGUCUGCCCUUUGUGCUUCGUGUACAUGUGUCUGUUCAGGCCGGCCAGAGGCGCCCAGAAGAGCAUCCACCACGGCUGCCGGGGAAAGACCGCCCACCAUGCCCACGGAGACGCUACAGACAGGUAGCAUGGUGAAGCCGGUCAGCCCCGCGGGCACCUUCACGUCGGCGGUGCCGCUGCGCAUCCUGAACAAAGGACCCGACUACUUCCGCAGGCAGGCUGAGCCCAACCCCAAGAGACUCAGUGCGGUGGAGCGGCUGGAGGCUGACAAGGCCAAGUACGUCAAGAGCCAGGAGGUGAUCAAUGCCAAGCAGGAGCCGGUGAAGCCGGCUGUGCUGGCCAAGCCCCCCGUGUGCCCAGGAGCCAAGCGCGCGCUGGGCAGCCCCACUCUCAAAGUGUUUGGCAACCACGCCAAGACGGAGAGCGGCGUGCAGCGCGAGACCCUCAAGCUCGAGAUCCUCAAGAACAUCAUCAACAGCUCCGAGGGCUCCAGCUCCGGCUCUGGCCACAAGCACAGCUCCCGAAACUGGCCCCCUCACAGGGAUGCCACCGACCUGCACCGGCAUUCCUUCGCUGAGUCGCUGAAGGUGUACCCUACCCCUGGCCGGGGCAGCCCACAGGAGAGCAGCUCCCACGUGAGCAGGAGGCUGCUGGAGCAGUCCCCGGAGUCCUUCCUGCACGUCUCCCACAGCUCCUCGGACAUCCGCAAAGUGACCAGUGUGAAGCCCCUUAAAGCCAUCCCCUGCAGCAGUUCCGCUCCGCCCCUGCCUCCCAAGCCCAAGGUGGCUGCCGUGAAGUCCCCCGAGGCUGACCAGGUAGAACCAGCCUGUGGGGUCAGCCGGAGACCUUCCCUUCAGCGGUCCAAGUCAGACUUGAGUGACAGGUAUUUCCGCGUAGAUGCCGACGUGGAGAGGUUCUUCAACUACUGCGGACUGGACCCCGAAGAGCUGGAAAACCUUGGCAUGGAGAACUUCGCAAGGGCUAAUUCUGACAUCAUAUCCCUCAACUUCCGCAGCGCAAGCAUGAUCAGCUCAGACUGUGAACAGUCUCAGGACAGUAACAGUGACCUUAGAAAUGAUGACAGUGCCAAUGACCGGGUGCCAUAUGGCAUUUCUGCCAUCGAAAGGAAUGCUAGAAUCAUCAAGUGGCUUUAUAGCAUCAAGCAAGCCAGAGAGUCACAGAAGGUGUCCCACGUGUAAGAGGCACAGCGGCGGAAAGGAGGGCGGGGCGGGUCUGUCUGUGCAUACACAGUUGUGAAGGUUGUGAGGUCUCCUUGAAGUGUUGUGAGCUUCUCCACUCUUUGUGUCGCUUUGUUGUGCAAUGUUCUCAAGUUGCAUGCCUGUCAACAUGGCAACUGGCCUGGCUUCCCUCUCACGUCUCUGCAGAGCCUUGCUGAACACUCAUCUGCCAAAAAAAGUCUCCGGCCAGAAUCUGACUAGAGCUUUGCUCUUAAGCAAAACUGUUUAUGGAAAAAAAGAAAAAAAUUUGGUUUUUGAUUUCUUCAAUAUUUAUGUGGUUUUUGUGUUUUUAUACCCCGCGCUAUUGUGUCUUAAUUAAAAAUUUUACCAACUGGCUUUUAAGUUGAGAGCAGAAUCUUUGUGGAACAAAAGCCCCUUUGCCUACAUGGGAGACUGGUAACACUGGGGAAAGAUACGGGACUUCCUGCCAGGUGUAGAAGGGCUGACAGAUACAGAGCCAGGCUGGGGCUUACGUGGAGUGGAGUGGAGUGGAGUGGUGGGCCUGGCCUUGGGCUUCACAGGUUAGCCUUCUCCUGCCUCUUAGUGGCGCUUCGAGGGGCAGCAGCGCUGCCCUGUGUCCAAGUCAGUGUACAUGUUGGUGCUUUUGUAGUCCUGAGCCCAGGAAAGACAAUCAGAGAAACCCCUGGGAUGAGCCAAGUAGAAGGUUCAAUAUUGAGAGGAGGGUAGGGAGACUGUUGAUGCUGUUCUAGGGGGAUAAAUCAGAAACAUCUAGUAUUAACCUGACAGGAAGUGCCACUGUAAAGCCGAUUAAAGCUGAUGCUGAAUGCUUUUUUUUUUAAGGUUACUUUGUAGGAUUUUGUUUGUUUUGUGCUUUUGGCCAAGAACUACUAACUCAUGUUGUUUCUCCCCCUUGCUCCCUCCGUAGUUGUCCCAUUCUGGGCAGAUGAGUUGGGCUUCUGCAGGUUUGCACUAUCUGAGGGGAAGUAAGCACACCAGCCGUGUCAGCAUCGCCUCCCAGCCCACAGCUUGUCCCUGUGGUAGCAGAUCCACAUCUGAGCAGCUCUUCUCUCGGGCUGUGGGUACUUGUUACAGCUCUAGAACACUGUAGAAACACUGUAGCUCUCCACCCUGUUGUCUCCUGUUGCCUCUUCCCCAGUAACCUGCCCUCUGAGUAAUUUCAGGAGCUGUGAGCCAACUACCAGAGUGCUGGCAGUGGAAGCAGAGGGCACCUGAUGGUGGUCUGCCUCGCUGCUGUGGCAACCCACAGGUUCUCAGCAGAACCACCUUGGUCUUCAUCAACUCCCAGGAACCUUGAAAUGGUGUGAAUGCUGUAAGACUUUGUACAUACUUCAGUUGUUCUGGAAUCUAAGAAGAAAAGUUAUGCUAAUAAAUAGCUCUGGUGUA